UGGCAUUUUUUUGCAUUGGCUUUUUGAACGUAUUUUGAUUUUCCUUCCCGCCGGCUCUUGACGGUUGGUUUUGGCACGUGCAAUUUUUUCUCUUGAAAUAAUAUUCCGCACUAGUUCUAGUUAUAAAAUUUAAACACCGAUGCUGACUGCUGGGAUAUAAAUUAUCUUGAUCCUUAGAAGUGUUAAACAAUGUCGCCUUCCCCGAUACGUUGCCGUGGGACCUGGAAAAUACACAAGCGUUCAUCGGAGCCAGACCGCUGGCUCGAUGAGAUGGGGUUUUUCAGGAAACAUACCGCCCGAGACGCCAGCUGUCUUUUUAGGGCCGUGUCUGAAAACAUUUACAAUACGCAGCGGUAUUUUCAUAAAGUUCGCAUGGACUGCGUUCAGUUCAUGGCAACCCAUCGCCACCUUUUCGAGGGGUCCUUAAAUUGCCCAUUCCAAAAUUAUCUGAAAGAGAUGUCAAAUCCUUCAGAAUGGGGCGGACUCAUUGAAAUAUCUGCUAUGAGCCACCUCUAUAGGCGUGAUUUCGUUAUUUUUGAAGCCAAUAAAGGUCCUCAAACUACUAUAUGUAAUGGCUACAAGGAUACCAUAUACCUAUUCCACUUGUCUGAUACUAAACACUUUGAUGUGGUUCACACUAAAGAAUUCAUAAAUGCAUCAUCAUUUUGUCAGUUAUUGUCCACGGCAAACAAUGCGUUAGUAUACGAAGUACUAUACGAUGGAGUGUACCAACUGAAGGAUUUGCCCUAUGCAGUGGAAAAAAUGCUCCACGACAAUGUUCCGUCGCACCACGUUGAAUAUUUCAUGUCAGAAAACGUCGAACGUCGUAAGAAACAGAAAGAGAGAUCUAAAAUCUUCAUUGAAACUCUGAAUGAGAAAGAUAAAGACAGCAAUAAUAAUGCUUUAGCGUUGAAAUGCAAGCAUCAUAUGGAGGAUGUGGAAAAAGCAAGUUUAUUCAAAGAAUCUUUAAGCAUUCUGGUAUUCAACCGUAGCUUGAUACAUCUUGAGAAUGUCUGUAUGAACUGUUUGAACGUCAACAGCGCUAAAGACUUGCUGGAUAACGGAAUUACUCCAUUCCCAUAUAAAGUAGCUAAGGCUUUGGAUCCGGAUAUUUAUCGGAAUAUUGAGUUUGAUGCGUGGAUUGAGCUAAGGCGAGAACUGCGUUAUGGUACUGCAAGGUAUUAUGAUGGGACGACUUUGCAAGUCGGUGUCAAAUGUCGUUGUAAAUUGUAUCCGGAACAACCAGUACCCUACAAUUGCCACAUCCAGGAGAUGCAUCCUGAUGGAGGACCCUGCGUGGUCUUCAUCGAGGAGUUGGGAGAGAAACGAGUCCUGAACUUUGACCAGUUGGAACCCUUACCUGUUGAGCAAAUAAAACCUUGGGCGCCACCCUACAGAUAUUCGCGGGCUAACUCCCAAGUUUUGAAUAUAAGUCAAAUGUUGCAGCAAAUAGGCAAAAUAACACGCAAGCAAGGGAUGAGCAAGGCACGUAAAGCCAAAAUUGAGGAAACCAAGCCAUCGGAGGAUGCUCAAUGCGAAACAUCCGUCCAAACGAAGAUGGGCAAUUGCCCAGACAUGAGCUGCUAUUUCCAGGCGUACACCUACCCGCACCUGGACUAUACGAACUUCCAGCCGAUGCCCGUUGAGAUUCAAGCACUGCCCCUAAUGGUGGACUGCCGGCCGGCGGGCGCUUCGCCCCAUGAGAUCGUGCAAGCUUCCAAUGGCGCUCCGCCCGAGAACAAUCAGAACCAGCAGGCGGGUGGCAGCGGUGACACAGUGCCGCAGCCGGGGGCCGUUCCAGCGUCCGUGCGAGCGUCUACCCCUGCCACCAACGUGGUCACCACGUACUCAGCCAACUACAAUGGCGUGAUGAACCCGGUGCCGCCUCCCGUGCCCAUGGGCGUGGGCGGCGUGGGCUACGGCUGCGCGCCCUACCCGUGCGGCGUGAAGAGCGUGGUGUGGUGCGGGCCGCACGCGCCGCCGCCGCCGCCGCCCGGCGUCAACCCCCACGUCUAUAAGAGCGUCCAGCCCAACGGCGCCGACUUGCCCAUGAAUGAUAUUGCGACUCUGAGGUUCUACUUCAACCUCGGCGUGGACUGCAUGUGGGCCGCGUACGGCGCCCCGCCGCAGGUGCCGCUGCCGCUGCCGCACCCGCACCCGCAUCCGCACCCGCCCAGGCACUACUCGCCCCGGGACAUCGCGCAGGACAUGCAGCAGGUCUCCUUGCACGAGCGCGGAGCGGGCGGUCCGCACGACGGGGGCCACAAGCACAAGCCGCAGGACAAGCCCCCGCUCAACCAGUCCAAGGGGCAGGGCCAGCGACCGCUAGUGGGGCCCAGAUUCAAGCGUGGCAACAACCAAGAUGGCAACCAAAAUAACCAUAACCAGAACAAGGGCCACAACAACAACACGCCAAACAGGGGACCAAACCAUCGACGCAAUUCACACACGGACAUCCGCACGCCGCACCCGUUCGUGCCCGGCGCGAACAUGGGCGCGGUCAACGUGGGCGCUGUGCCGGGCGACGAGUGCGCGAUCGAGGCGCCGCUCGUCACCUACCCCUACAUCCCUUACCCGCCGCCCAUCUACCCGGUGCAGUACUACCCGAUAGAGCCUGACCCAAAUAUGAUGGGCAUGAUGGGAGGCAUGGGCUACGUGAGCUACGAGGAAGGGGUCGAAUACGCGCCGGUGCAGCACUUCUACCCGCCCCCCUACCCGCCGCCGCACCUACCCGAGCACAAGUAACGCGGCUACCGGCGGUACUCACUACUCCUCUACCUGGCUGAGAUCUAUACAGAGUACUUCGAUUUACGGUCUAACUGAUGAUCUGAUGGUCUGUUAAGCAUCAGCCAAACUUGAGCGACUAAGGGCCGAUUUUUCAAACGACAUAUAACUUUUAUCUGAAGAAUAAAUUUGAAUUUUUUACAGUUUUGUAUAGGGAUAAUGUCAAAUUUCUUUACCAGAUUAAAAUUUAUUUGACGAUUGAUAAAUCGUACAAAUGCGCGCGUGUUCGUGGGAAUAUUUUUUUUUGCGCAAUAAAAUAUGCGCUUUACUUUGAGGUGAUAAAAGUUAAUACGCUAUAUAAAAUUUUUGAAAGCUUGGAUUUGCUGCCAAUGUGACUCGACCCAAAGUCGAAGUACACUGUAUAGGUCUCUCUUACUCAUGCCUACUGCUUAUCGAUAUGGUCAAAUCUUCUAUGUUGCAAUGUUUAUUUACUCGGUAUUCAAUGUUUUAGCCCCCUAUACAAACAGUUCGUGGGCUUUACUACUAUACUCUAGCCACGGAUAAAAGUUAACAUAAGGCUCUCUCUGUUAAGUAAUUACAUACAAACGACAAAGACAAAAAGCCAGUUGGCGUUGAUCCAACCAAUCAUAAACGAGCCUGUUUUUCGUACUACUCUAUCUGCGAAAAAAAGUUAGUAUGGAAAAUAUAACUCGUUUAUGAUUGGUUGCUCACUCAAAAUGGUUAACGCACACUGACAUUUUUGUCUUUGUGAUUUGUAUGGGAUUACUUAACAGACGGCCUAUAUUCUCUCCGUGGAAGGAGUAUGAUAAAAUUACUGAUGGGUUUUUUGAAUUUCAAAUUUUGAGUGAAAAAAAGUUGAAAAGUUAUACAAUAUUUUAUACGAAAUUUUAACAAUAAAAUCGCAUUUUUUUUUCUUACCAAUCAAAAGGAGUAUUUAAUGAUUUUAUUUUCUAUUUUUUCGAUUGUUUUGUCAAAAUUUCGUGUGAAAUUGUAGUCUGUAAUCUUAUGAGAUUACAUAUUGCUUAAUUUCGAGUAACUAUACACUAUUACCUUAAAGUAAAAUAGACCUAAACAUCAUUCGUUUAAAGUAGUUAGUUAAGUAAUGAUAUUUUUUAUUUCUAUAAUUUUUUUUCUCUGAGAGCUGACUAGAUAUAUGGACAAACUUGUAUUUUAAAGCAAUGGAAAUUAGGUCCAUUUUACUUUGUUUUGUUACAAUUGAUUUUAACUGUCUAUAAAUUGAAUACCGAGUUUCAUACGGUAGUUAUACAUUACAGCUCAGUAUAAUUUGUUUCAGUAUAAGUUUUGUAAAACACUAUUUUGUUCAAAUCUAAUAUAUAUUUUUAUUAAUACAUAAAACUAUGCACUUAAAUGAAACAAGUUUUCAAUGCACCGUCAAUGCAAGCGCGAAAUUUAAAAAAAGUUUAUUCUUAGUAUAUUUAGUAUGAUACCACGAACAUUCUUAUACUAUACCGAUCUGUUAAUUAAGAUCAGUAAUCACUAUUAUUUCCCCAAUAAUAUCAGUUCAUUCGCAGUUUUGGAUGUUAGAUAGGUAUUACCAUUUCACCGGUAAUAAAACUAUUAAUUCUCUAUCUCACUAAUAUGUAAUGAUAGCAGUAUUACGGUGCUAAGUAACCUUUUCAAAAAACUAGAGUCCCACCAACUAGCAUACUCUAAGCACUAACACUUAACACACACUAAAUUGAAAAGAGAGAUAGUACCGUCUAUCUCUUUUUUUAAAUCUAUGACAUUUCAUCCAGUGAACGAUAAAGCAUAGAAGGCGUGUUUCUAACAAUUUUAAACCAAUUCGCGUGAACUGCAGCAGGCUCUUGAUUGGUUCGUAAUAUGUGUCAGCAACGCUACCAUGAUUGACCGACUCAUAGUGACAAUUAUAGAGGUACAAUCGAAUUGAAGAUAAUAAUUGUACCGCCCAUCACAGUAGAGAUUUCGCCCUAAUGGAGUGUACGAAAUAUUUCUAUGUUUUGACGUUC